AUGGUAGGCAAAACCACCUCACCACAAUCAUCCUCAUCCUCCUCCUUCCCGGAAAUCCUCGAUGUCCUCAUCAUCGGCGCCGGCCCCUGCGGCCUAGCAGUCGCCGCACGACUCCGCGAAGAAACCCCCUCCGCCAUGUUCACCGACGACGAACACCAACGCUACCACUGGAUGAACAAACAUAGUGGCCGAAUGGCACUGGUGCAGGCGCACCGCGGGAAACUUAAGGGCGUAAAGGCGGAGAAGUGGCAGAGAUAUAAUGAUGAGCAUUAUCCUAGACGGGGGUCAUCUUCGUCUUCGUCUUCGGGUUCUGAUCCUUCUCCGCCGUCGUUGUCUUCGUCAGUUUCGUCGGAUGAUGGGGUUUAUAUGGGGAGGGGGGAUGAUAAGAAUCAGAAUGUGAAUGGGAAUGGGAAUGGGAAUGGGGGCAUAUCUACGCUCGUACUGGAUAGUUCCGGGGACAAGUGGAUGGAGAGAUGGAAUCGGGCGUUCAAGACAUUGGAGAUUGAGCAGCUGCGCAGCCCGAUGUUCUUUCAUGUAGAUCCCAGGGAUCGGGAUGGUAUGUUGGCGUAUACGAGGGAGGUGAGGAGGGAGAGGGAUCUAUGGGAGAUUUCGGGGUGCGUGGGGAAGGAGUUGAGUAAGCAUAAGAAGAAGAAGAUGAGGUCGAGGGCGCAGGCUGUUGGCGAGGUCGAGAUCGAUGAAAGAGAUCGUAAAGAUUACUUCUCACCGUCGACGGACUUGUUUGAAGAUUACUGCGGGAGCAUUGUAUCGCGGUAUGGACUGGACGCGCCAGGUAUGAUCAGGCAGUGCGAAGUCAAUGAUAUAUUGUACGACUAUCACUCUGAGUUAUCGCCGUCGGACAAGAUCUUCACGGUUACUACAGCGGAGGGAAAUCGGUUCUAUAGUCGUGUGGUGGUGCUGGCUAUUGGGCCGGGGAGGACGAAGAUACUGCCGUUCAAGCUGACGGGUGAGGAAGAGAAAGGGGCUUGUCAUAGCACGGAGAUUCGCAUGUUUCCGAGUAUCAAUGUGAAGGCCAAGAUUAAGCAGCGUCAGGAGACGAAUGUGGUGGUUGUUGGGGGUGGGCUAUCGUCAGCGCAGGUGGUGGAUAUGGCCAUUCGGCGAGGGGUGACCAAGGUUUGGUUUCUUUUGAGGUCGGAUUUUAAAGUCAAGCACUUCGACCUCGCAUUGAACUGGAUGGGCAAGUUCAAGAACUUCGAAAAGGCAGCAUUCUGGUCCGCAGACACGGACGAGGAACGCCUUGAGAUGAUCAAAGCCGCGCGUAAUGGCGGCAGUAUCACGCCACGGUAUCAGAAGAUUCUGAAGCAACAUGUGGCAGCCCAUCGGCUUUCUAUACACUCACGCACCGUCAUCUGCGGCAAGGAGUACUGCGCCUCCUCGCGCACAUGGCGUCUUACGACAGAUCCUCCGAUCCCUGAACUUCCUCGCAUCGAUUAUAUAUAUUUUGCAACAGGAAUGCAGGCCGAUGUGACUGAGCUCCCAUUACUCCAGCGCAUGAACCGUGAGUAUCCGAUUGAAACUAAGCAGGGAUUGCCUUGCAUCACGGAUGACCUGAUGUGGCAAUCGAAUGUGCCACUUUUCUUGACGGGCCGGCUGGGGUCUCUUCGUUUGGGACCCGGUGCUGCCAAUCUUGAGGGAGCGAGGCUGGGCGCGGAGCGCAUUGCCUGGGCGAUGGAGGAUGUGUUGGGUAGAAAAGGAUCAGAGGAUACGGGGUCUGAACGAUCCAAGCAAUGCUUUUGCGGUUUGGGGAAUCGGUAUGCUGAGCUUGCUAACGUGGACGAAUAA